UUGACGUCACUAGGACGAAGGACACAACAUAGACACAAACAAAACAAAUAAGCGACAAACCUGUGGGCAGUGUAUCGAACGAAAGUUUUAGUUCUCUUUCAAUUUUAAUAAAAAUCUCAAGAUGAAGCUAACGCUCCGUCGUUAUUCAUGGCUGGUGGCAAUGCAACUAACUUUGCUUGCGGUCGAUUUGUUUUUCAAUGCUUUCGGCUCCUGGCUGUCGCGGGAUAGACUUCAAACAGCGAUUUUCUUUUUCAUCAUUCAAGAUGCUUUCAUUAUUAUUGAGUAUCUGCUGUUUACUUUGGCUCUACAUUCGACAUGCGUCUACCAGGUGGGGGCCUCCCACAUUAUCCUGCGCAAUUGCAAGCUAUUUUUGUUCAGCAUUACGGUCUAUUUUCUGCUGUCUGCCUCGCAGCACUCCUGGACUAUCUAUCUGUAUCGAGUGUCGCCAUCCGAAUCCGCUCAGCAAUGGCCUUUGGCACUUUACGCCUUGACAGUGCUGCAGCGCCUAAUGUCGGUUUACUACUACUACACUUCCAAGUCAACAGCCYUGAUUAUGGCCGAUCCGCGCUAUAAGGAAGAGCAUCUCGAUUGGAUAGCCGAGCAAUUGGGUGAUAAGUAGAUUCGUUGGGAAUGCUCAGCGGGAUUGUACAUACAUAUAUAAAUAUAUAUACCAUAUAAAGAGGAUUACUUUAGCUAGGCAGCGCCGAUUGUUAAAAUUAAAAAGUAACAUUCAAGUACAAUUAU